UACCUACAUGCACCAGGUAAAACGUUUAGAAUGUGAUUUCACCAAAAUAGUUUCAAGUGGGAAAGCAGUUUGUUUAUGCGGAAAUAUUUGAGUUUAUUUCGAUUUUCCACAUUCUAAGAAAUAUUUUGAAUUUUAUGGGAUUGUGGCGUAUAUCCAACGAACAAAAACUAGAAAUGCAAAAUCGCUUAUUCUAGAAUAUUCUGCAGAAGUGUGCGCUCAUAUUCAAAGUUAAUAGUGACUCAUACUAAUAUUUGAAAAAUAAUCAGUCCAAAAAAGGCAAAAGUGAAGUCUAGUGCUGAUUUAAAUUUAUUUUUAUUUAAUUAGCAACACUGGUAAUUUGAUAAGAUUGACUGCUUGACAGUUAUCAGCUGAGCUGAGUUGAAAGUUGAAAGUUGACUGAGCAUUUUUGGGGGUUAAAAAUUAUUCAAAAUUCAAAAAUUAAAAUGACUUCACAGGUAGUGGAAUUAUAUAUUUAUGAUUUAUCCAGAGGGAUGGCAGCUGCGGUGUCGCCAAUGUUAAUAGGAAAGAAAAUAGACGGAAUUUGGCACACCUCCAUCGUAGUGUACAAUAGAGAAUACUUCUUUGGCUCGAGAGGAGUUGAAAGCUGUAAUCCGGGGGCAACUUUGAUAGGACCACCACUAAAAGCUCAAGUGUUGGGAGAAACACAAGUUCCUUAUUCUGUCUUUAUAGAUUAUGUGAACGGCUUGUCAGAAUCGACGUACGCGGGCUCAACUUACAACCUCUUCAAGCACAAUUGCAACAACUUCUCCCAAGACAUCGCUCAGUUUCUGUGCGGCGUGAGCAUACCAAAAUACAUCUUAGAACUUCCCAACGAAGUGCUUAACACCAGUCUAGGUGCGGCUCUACCCGCCUUAGUAGCUCAGUUGGAGAAGAGCGCGCGACCCAUCGCUGAAGAACAAGAGAGGUUCUCUCAUAGAGAACAGAGCCCCGAUUUCGAGCAGCUCAAUUCACAGAUCGAGGAGGCAAGAUACAACUCUUUCUUGCUUGCCCAACGUCGGAAGACACUAAGGGAGAAGUUGGCCAAAAAGGAGCGUAAAAAGGAAAAGAAACGCAAGAAGAUCCUCAAAGAAGGAGGCAUAGUCCCUGCAGAACUAAGAGAGGACCUAGCAAUGGCUGACAUAGAGACUGUAAACGGUGAGGAAGCGCAGCUUCCUUCAGACCAAGCCUUGGCUCUGGAAGAGGAAGAAAGGCGGGAGGAAGAAGAGAAGAAAAAAGCGAGGGAUCCGCCUAUCGUGUACAAAGAAUUGAUAGACGUUAAAGCAGAGUUCGACGCUCUUAUCGGAUUGAUUGAUGGGAAAUUGUCGCCCGAAGAGCAGCGGUCUACUGAAGAGCUGCACCAAUACAUGCUCGGCGAUGAAGGCAGCUGGGCGCUUAGUGACGGGUUUUUAGACUUUGUAGGUAGACUGCUCAACGACAGAGACCUUCCCGUAGACGUUAGAGUUAGAUUAAUCAACAUCUUAGCGAUGGCUGCUUUAAAGGACGACGUGAUUCUGGUGUUGCAUCAAGACAGGAAGGACCACGUUUUGAUGAAUUAUGCCUACGAAAUUGACAGGCUAACUCCCCAAGAACAAGAAGCCAUCGCUCUAUUCAUGGUGAAUAUGUUCGAGAACCUCAGCUCUUCCGAAUGGUUGUUAUACAUCUCAGAAUGGACGUACAGCAACCAACAGACGAGCAACAUUCGGGUUACGACGAAAGUGGCGGUGCACAGCCUCCUUUCUGACCUGCCCGUCCUCCAGGAGCGGGGCUCCGCGAUCAUCCACAACCUCGCUUGCAAGGAGAAAUUCAGAAAUUUUCGGAUUCGCCAGUUUUUCCCAAAAGGCAGCUUGUCAAAGGUCUUUGACGACAUAGCGGUUGAGUUGACGAUGGCCCUGCUUCAAUACUUCAACUCGAAACCUUCUGAAGAACAAUUAUUCAGGUGUAUGAAAGCGUUGGCGAAGUUUGUGCAAGUAUCGACACAGGAGGUUCCUCAAUUAAUCCAGAUGAUCGGACCCGAUCCAAAUUCGUUCAAGGGCACUAGUGAGAGGAUUGACAUUCUCAUCGAUCAGAUCAGUACAAAACUGCGUUAGGUUUAUGCUUACUACUAUUUAUUUAUAUCUGUUUUUGUUAUAAAUCGAGUUAUUUAUUUAUCUAUAGGGUUUGAGUAAUAUUGUGCAGGCGUCUAUGUUGACUUUUAUAGCAUUUUAUGAAAUUUUUUAACAUUGUAAUUUGUGAUUUUUUUUAUAGAACUUGCC